AUGGGCCCAGCGCAUAUCGGCUCUGGAAACGAAGAUAGCGAGACAAACUCCAGGCCCGCCGUGUUCCCACAUAUCAUCCAGCUUUGUCAGAUUCUGUCCACUAUUAUGAGUCGCCUCUACAGCAGGAUUGCCGAAUCGAAUGACGAGAAUAACUUGCUCAAGCAAAUCGAUACAAUCGACAAGAUGUUGACCGACUGGCGAAGUAAUCUCCCGCAAAUCUGGAGAACCGAUCCCGACCUGAUCGGCGCUGAUAUGAGUGCACAUUCAAUGGAUAGCGUUUUACUCUAUUGCAUUUAUUAUAAUGCCCUGCUGGUCAUCCAUCGAGCAGCACUAUUUGGAAAAUUGCCAACGAGCGCUAAAGAUCGUCAUUCCGUGAGAAUAGCAUCCUCGAAUGUGGUUUGCUUGAAUGCCUCGCGAUCGCUGGCAAAAUAUGUCAACGUUCUGGUUAAUUGUCCCGCCAGCUGGCCAUUUCUGCGGUGGAUCACCCCUUACUGCCUGAACACCAUCUUCACUCUUUACAUGGGAGUCAUGAAUGAUCCAUCCCAUUGGAUGGCGGAUGCUGACAUGGGACUUAUGAGAAGUAUUACGCGUUGUUUCUCUUCCAGUUGUUCACACCAAGUGGCCAUUGGCCCCUUCGAACGGUUGCUACAGACACUCGACGAGGCCAUGCAGGCCGCUAGGACACGCAAGCGGCUAACCCUGUCCACUGCUCUCCCAGAUGCGCCGAGACAAAGUGAGAAGGGAACUCAAGAAGACGAUACAUCAGCUAACCCCCAGUAUAUCACUGGAGCUAGUAGCUUUGAUGCUCUUUUAUCUCAAUCGUCUCAGGCGUUAGAGACCGAUUUUCAAUUUCAAGACUUUUUCGACUUCGCUGUAGGUGGAGGAGGAACCAGCGUUUUUCAAAUGUGGCCUGUGGGGCCGAGUGAAUAA